AAUGGCCGUUCCCAUGCCCUAUGAGUUGACAGAGACUAGCUUGAUAUAGCCACGGAAUUAAAUGUUAUUUAAGUCCGUGAUAUAGCGUAACAUCAUGGACAGGUUCAAACAGUCGACAAUUGCACGAGGUUUUAGCAGAUUGACAUCCAGAUACAGAAUAUUUAUAGAUGGAAUACCCUUUCUGAUGUCCUUGUUUGUUGGAGGAUUUUUCCUGUCAAGGAUUUCAAAGAAACGCUUUGUUAAAGACGUUUUGAAUGUGCCAACCAAAGAGGAGAUGUUGGCAGCAGGGAUUGAUAUAGAUACAGAUUUGGCCUCAGCAGAGUUGGAAGAAGAAUUAAAGAAUAUAAAGAAAUCUCUUAACACCGAGGACUGGGAAAACGUACCCAUCACUAAGUGACAUGUAAUCGUGGCUUUACCCGGGUAAUGGUACGGAGGACUGGGAAAACGUGCCCAUCACUAAGUGACAUGUAAUCGUGGCUUUACCCGGGUAAUGGUACAGAGGACAGGGUCUGGACUGGGUCACGCUGCUGAGCUAACACUGGGACCAAAUUCUUCAAUGCUGCAACCCUUUAAAGGCAUAUUUGAUCAAAAUAUCAAAUUGAAGCUCAACUGAAAUUAUUGCCUCCCCUUAUUGAAACGCUUCCCUUAGACUUUUACUGGGUAGUAUAAUUUAGACUUGUUUGUCUGUUUGAGGAUGAGACAGAUGUCUGAAAAAUGUGUAUGCAGUGUAACAGAGAUUAAAUUCUUGUAAGUGAUCUUGAAAAUCUAAUAUGGUGACAAGGAAGUUUGUAACUGUGAUAAAUAUUGCCUAUGUUACAUGUUCCGUAUCACACGUGCUUGUAUGUUACAGGAAGUGGUUGUGUGGUCAGAUAUAUAACCUAUCGUAUUUGACCUGAUACUCCCUCAGCCUCAGUUUGCUCUCACAAAAUCGUGUAAAUGUGGUGCAUUUAUAACUAAAUAUAAAGAAACAUUUGUUUCUUGCUUUCCCAGCAUAAGUUAGAAUGACUUUCUCAAUGUUCUUUCUUUAGGUAUUUAAGAUAAGCAAUAUUUAUAUAUUUAUGUCUGAAAAAAUAAAGUUUAUAACAGAAUUUUACAGAAUAUGAAGCACCUACAUGUCUAUUUUUGAGCGGUGCAUUGAAAACGGUCAUUAUUCUCUUUUGCCUAAAUGUAAUGCUUAGGUAAAGAACAUUCAUGAAUUGCUGGUUUCUUUCAGAAAAAAUGCAUGUAUUUCCUUUAUAACAAUGGCUCUGGAUUUCUCAUCUUGACAAUGUAAGAAUAUUUUGAUUGAUAUAUAUAUAAGUUUUUGAGCGACUUAUGCAAGCUUCAUCUCUUUAAAAAAGCAAGAUUGAAGUUUUAAAUGACAGGUGGGCUUAUUAGGUGAAAUAGGAUACUGCAUAGUUUUUAUUUUACUCAAGGUAUAUUUUCAUGGUUAUGAGGGAAUAUACAAGUGUAUGAAUUUCAUGCAGUGUUGAAUUUUUAGGUCACCUGAGACAAAGUCUCAAGUGACCUAUUGCGAUCGCCUUUUGUCCGGCGUCGUGCGUCCGUAAACAAUUUACAUUUUCGACUUCUUCU